GUAGCGGAGCUGGUAUCACCCGCCGGCCUGGCCAUGGGCCUAUUUAAGAAACAAGGUCAAGAGCAAGUGACCGGACGGGCAGAGGGAGAGGCAGAGGGGCAGGCCUCGCCAGCGGAUCAAGCGCUCAUACCUGUGAAUGUGAAUGUGGGUGUGGAGGAUGAGGUGCUCCGGGAGAGGGAACAGAGGGAACAGCUGACUCUCUUCAUGGUGGACCGGCUAUUCCUGGCCACCCCACCCAUCACAGGGCACUGUGCCAACUCGAUGCGCCCCAUGCUCCACGGCGAGGGCGAAGAGGGGGCCUUGGCACCGUGGAACGGGGACAGUGGCACAGGGCAGCCCGGUGACGCCAGCAUAGACGAAGUGGGCCUCAACGAGGACACGGCAUUCGCUGUCAAAAUCCUGGCACCAGGCAUUGAGCCAAUCAACUUUCAGGUGUCUCCGCUGGCGAUGGUGCAGGAGUUGAAGCAACUGCUGAUGGACUAUGAGGAGACCUGCACCCGCACCUGCUUCUCCCUGCAGCUAGAGGGCAGCACCCUCGACAACUUCUCCCAGAUGAAGACCGUCAGCGGCCUGGAGGAUGGCAGCGUGCUCAAAAUAGUGGAUGAGCCAUACACGGUACGAGAGGUGCGCAUCCACCUGCGCCACAUCCGCAGCCUCCUGAGAAGCCUGGACCCCACCGAUGCCUACAACGGAGUGGACUGCAGGUCUCUCUCCUUCCUCAGACUCUUCACAGACACAGACACCAGAGAGCGUGUGAGGAGGAAAGGUGAGGAGGUGAGACAGGUGCCGAGUGGGCCUCCAGACUACACCAUGCCGGGCAGCAAGGACUGUCCUCUCCUGCCCCUGCAGCCCGACGAGGAGGAUGACAAGCCACUGGAGUUCCUACGGGCUCUGACCAUGAGCAACUGGAACCCUCCCCCCGGCAACCGCAAGAUGCACGGCGACCUGAUGUACCUGAGCGUGGUGACCAUGGAGGAGCGCCACUUCAGCAUCACUGCCUCCGUUCGGGGCUUCUACCUUAACCAGUCAACGAGUUACAGCUUCAACCCAAAGCCAUCGAACCCCAGUGUCCUUAGCCAUGACCUGGUGGACCUGCUGAGUCACAUCAGCCCCUCCUUCAGGAAGUCCUUCAACGCCUUGCUCAAGAAGAGGGUCCACAGGCAUCCCUUUGAGAGAAUGGAGACCCCCUUCCAGCUCUACAGCUGGGCGGCUCCUAAGGUGGACCACGCGCUAGACUCGGUCAGAGCAGAGGACGCCCAGACCUCUCGUAUGGGCUACGAGGAGCACCUUCCUGGGCAGACUCGGGACUGGAACGAGGAGCUUCAGUCUGGCAAGGAGCUCCCCCGGAAGAACCUUGCAGAGCGUCUGCUGAGGGAGAGGGCUGUGUUCAAGACCAACUGUGACUUCGUUGCCACGGCAACCCAAGGUGCGAUGGCGGUGGUGGACGGCAACGUGAUGCCUCUGAACCCCGGAGACGAGCCGCACAUGCACAUGUUCAUCUGGAACAGCAUCUUCUUCAGCCUGGGCUUCGAUGUCAAGGACCACUACCUGCAGCAGGGUGCCGAUGCUGCAGCCUUCGCGGCCCCAGCUAACGACCUUCGGGGCGUGCAGGCCUACACCUUUUUAGAUGCGGAGGGGAUGUACACGCUGGGCACGGUGGUGGUGGACUACCGAGGCUACCGUGUGACGGCCCAGACCAUCGUGCCCGGUCUGCUGGACAAGGAUCAGGAGCAGAGCGUCGUCUACGGAUCCAUCGACUUCGGCAAGACCAUCAGCGGAGAUGAGAGGUUUGUGGAGCUUCUGGACAAGACGAGCAGGCACAUGAGGACACUGCGUCACCCCAUCCUGAACGAGAAGGAUGAGCGUGUGGAGCUGUGCUCUGGCGUGGAGUGCAAAGGCAUCGUGGGUAACGACAGGCGCCUCUACGUCCUGGACCUGAUCCGCGCCUUCCCUCCAGACCUCAACUUCCUGCCGGCCUGCCCGGAGGCGGAGCUUCCUGUGGAGUGCCAGAAGUAUGGGUUUCCACGGCAACACCAGCAUCGGCUCGUGUGCCUGAGGCAGGAACUGGUGGAGCACUUCAUAGAGCACAGGUAUUACCGCUUCUUGGAGAUGGUGAACAGGCGAAAUGUACCCCCCACGUCAGCGACCAUAGAGGAAGUGGAGGAUGAUCUGGAGGCUGAGAAGAAGGCCCUCGUCAUGGACGACUCUGACCAAGAGGGUAAAUCAGACGGCGAAUCAACAAACGCUGUCGUAAAGGUGCAAACAACUGGUUCAGGUUGUCGAGAGGAUGUGGUUGCUGAGGCUUGUAAAGCUGUGGGAUCCAUUAGCAGCACGUCGUUUGACAUCCGUUUCAACCCCAAUGCCUUCUGCUCAGCAGUGCGGUUUCCUGAGGAGUAUGUUAGAGAGCUUCAGGCCCAGAGAGGUCUGAUCCUGGAGGCUGCAGCCUUCCUAGUCAACACACAGAUCCCAGCACUGGUGAAGAGCUGCAUGGACCACACCACCUUGCCAAUGGACGGCGCCACCCUGACCGAGGCCUUACAUCGCCAUGGCAUCAACGUGCGUUACCUGGGCACGGUGCUGGAGGUUAUGGAGAGUAUGCCUGACCGGGAAAAGCUGGACUACGUACAUAGGAUAGCAGUAACGGAGCUGAUCGCCAGGUGCACCAAACAUUUGUUCAGGACAUACCUUCAGGCUGUGGAGCCGUCCUCCCUCUCCGCCUCCGCUGCCCAUUUCCUCAACUGUUUCCUCAGCUCCUCCUCUCCCGACUCCACGGGGAACCAGACCUCCGAGCGCCGCAGGAGUCGACGCCGCAAGGGCCGGCCCCCCGCAGCAGGGGCCUCCUCUGGGGGAGGAGGCAGCGGCUCCUCCUGGUCCGGCCUCACCUCCAGGGAGCUGUGGAAGAGCGUGUCAGCAGAGGCACAGGAGUACUACCACUAUGCACUAUCCUGUGAGAGUGUGGAGCAAGCAAUGGAGAAGUGUGGCGUCCAGAGGAUCACCCUGCUCAGAGAAAUCGCCAUUAAAACAGGCAUUCAGGUCCUACUGAAGGAGUACAACUUUGAUAACAAGCGCGGCCCGACCUUCACAGAGGAGGACAUCCUGAACAUGUUCCCUGUCGUCAAACACAUCCGCCCCUGCGCCUCCGACGCUGUGCUGUUCUUCCAGAGCGGACAGACCAAAGUGCAGGAGGGACUGUUAAAAGAGGGAUCAGAGCUGAUAGCUCAGGCCCUGGGUCUCUUCACUAAUGUGUACGGGGUGAUGCACGAACAGAUAUGUGCCUGCCUCAGACUACUGGGAAGAAUACACUACAUCCUGGGUGACUACGCUGAGGCAUUGAACCACCAACAGAAAGCUGUCUUGAUGAGCGAAAGAGUCAUGGGGAUUGAACAUCCGCAAACGGUUCAAGAAUAUAUGCACCUGGGCCUGUACUGUUUUGCAGGGGGCCAGCCUGUCACGUCUCUGAGACUGCUGUACCGAGCGCGCUACCUAAUCCUGCUGGUGUGUGGGGAGGACCACCCAGAGAUGGCCCUGCUAGACAGUAAAAUCGGGCUGGUGUUGCACGCAUUAUCAGAGUACACUCUCUCCCUGCGCUAUCUGGAAAACGCUCUCUCCAUCAACAUCAAAUACCAUGGACCCUCCUCACUGAAAGUAGCACACAGCAAUCACCUCAUGGCCAAAGCCAACGAGAGCAGGGGGGAGUUCCGCUCAGCCCUACAACACGAGAAAGAAUGCUACACAGCAUACAAAAAACAUUUGGGGGAGCAGCAUGAUAAGACCCAGGAGAGCUCGGAGUACCUGAAGCAGCUGACUCAGCAGGCCGUCACUCUGCAGCGCACCAUGAACAUCAUCUACCAGGCGGGACACGACGCCGGCAUCGCCCCAUUCAAUUUUGAGCCUCCAAGCCACCUAUGGACCCUUGAGCAGCUUAACCUAAUAAGUGGAGUUGUUCUGAUCCCUCUCAGCAACAAAGACCUGGAGAAUCUGAGGACCCAGGCCCUGAAAACCCAGUCACUGGCUGCCAGGACUCAAGAGUAGAUGACCACCUGUGCCCCCUACAGGUCUGGAGGGAGAACUUUGAGUUACUGCUCACUAACCGCUGGGAAGGGAGGAGGAUUUCAUCUUGAUUUUUAGCCGCAACAGCAAUUCCAUACGUACUGAUGGGCAAAACGGAUUAAUUAGUUUACAAUCCAGUGCUACAUUUUCUGUCCAAUUCAACCAGAUGAUCAUUCAACCAGUCGAUCACAUGGGUGAAUUGGACAGGUAAAGUCACUUGGAAUAUGUGGAACUAGAUAGUAACUAAUGAAUCCAUUUAGCCCAUCACUUUACCUGUCAGACGGUCCUGUUUGUCUGUUGGAAACAGUUUUUGGAGGGGUUGCACACGACGUAGGUCUAUUGACCUUGUUUUUGUUCUUUGUUUUUUUUUACAGUUCAGGUUUUACAUUUCCCAAGUGUGUUCAGUAAACAUGGAGAAUGCAGUACAUAAAACAUAUCAUUAGGAAUCCAGCAGGCCUUAUGUUGAGAAUAGGAUAACAGCUUGCUUAAUAAUUAAAGAUCAAACUCCUGUUUCCUAAUCAUUUAUAUCUCAGAAAGACAAAAAAAAACAUCCCAAAAGAAAAAAAACUUGAAAUGUCUACAUUAAUGAGUUUGAAAUAGCUGAAUGAUUUCUGGAACAUCAUUGAUUAUUUAAAAAAAACCAAUAAACUCAGUUUACAUUCCCAUUGUUAUUAGUUAAAUGUGAUCAUGACAUAAUAUCUGAUUGACAUUUACUGUUUUCAUGGAUGUAUGUAAGAUGAGAUUGUGCUUUCUAAGACCUACCCCCUGGAAAGUCUUUGAACUUUACAAUUUUGGUGGAUUGUUCUUGAAAAUAUGAGCUGUCGGAAAAUGACUGUGACAUGCUGUUCAGUAUUCAGAAUUUGUGAGCGCCAAGACUGAUUUAAGGAUAAUGACUUUGAAUUUAUAAAAGUUGCACUUUGAAUGUUUUGUCCUCUAACAAUUACUAUUACUAUUGCUGCAAACAUGAUGUGUGUCAGGUGUUUGAGUGGAUAUGUAUUAAAAUAUGAAAGUGGUUGCUUGACUUGUUACACAGUACUGAACAGACCUGUUAAAAAUCAAUAUGCUGCUCUUGCUUUUUGUAUGUUCAUGUUCUAACUUAGUUUCCUGUUGAGAGUAAGUUGGUUAACUGACAGAUUAUGCAAGUAAUGUACUGGCUUGAUUAAAAAGUAAAAGGAUGACCAAAUAAAUUUGUAAUUAUUC